CGGGACCCGAGCUGUAGGGGAAGGAGGAAGCGCUGGGCAGGCGACGGUGCCCGGCAGCGCGGAGCCUCCGGGGUGGCCCGCCAUGGCUGCAGGAGGCCCCAUCUCGGGUUCCACGUCCCCUGACCCCUCCAAGUUCUCCCUGCCUCUGGCUGCCCUCAACAUGCGAGUGCGGCGCCGCCUGUCGUUGUUCCUGAAUGUGCGGGCGCAGGUGGCGGCCGACUGGACCACGCUGGCCGAGGAGAUGGGCUUCGAGUACUUGGAGAUCCGGCAGCUGGAGACGCACACCGACCCCACCCGCAGCCUGCUGGACGCCUGGCAGGGACGCCCCGGCGCCUCGGUAGGCCGACUGCUGGAGCUGCUCGCCACGCUGCGCCGGGAAGACGUGCUGAUGGAGCUGGGGCCCAGCAUCGAGGAGGAUUGCCAAAAGUACCUUGUGAAGCAGCAGCAGGAGGAGUCCGAGUUGCCCUUGCAGGUAGCCACAGUAGAGAGCAGUGUCCCCCGCACACCGGAGCUGACAGGCCUCACCAUACGGGACGACCCCCAGGGACACAUGCCUGAGUGUUUCGACGCCUUCAUCUGCUACUGCCCCAGCGACAUCCAGUUUGUGCAGGAGAUGAUCCAGCAGCUGGAGCAGACCAACUACCGGCUGAAGCUGUGUGUGUCUGACCGCGACGUCCUACCCGGCACCUGCGUCUGGUCCAUUGCCAGCGAGCUCAUCGAGAAGAGGUGCCGCCGCAUGGUGGUGGUUGUCUCUGACGAUUACCUGCAGAGCAAGGAGUGCGACUUCCAGACCAAGUUUGCUCUUAGUCUCUCUCCAGGUGCCCAUCAGAAGCGACUGAUCCCCAUCAAGUACAAGGCGAUGAAGAAGGAGUUCCCCAGCAUCUUGCGGUUCAUCACUGUCUGCGACUACACUAACCCCUGCACCAAGUCCUGGUUCUGGACCCGCCUCGCCAAGGCCUUGUCCCUGCCCUGAAGACUGCCUGGGGACCCUGUGUGUGCACAUCUGUCUGCCCAUCCAUGUCCUUCUGCUCCUGCCUCCUCCUAUGGGGGCAGCCUUUUGCUUCUUGGAGAAGCCAGCUCUAUAGACAUAUCUGCGGCAGAUGGGUGUCACCCGGACGUCACAUCUUGCAUCCUGCAUGGAAUAUGUGCAAGUGGCUGCAGGAGGCAGGCCACCCGCCAGGUUAUCAGGGGGACAAUGAAGAACAGCCCCACUGGGACUGAGGAGGCCCAGAGGAGCCAGCUCUGAGCCGUCCGCCUCCGUUUCCCCACUUGAGGAGUAGGAGGGAGAAGCAGGCAGUCGCCGUGUUCUAACCACAGCAGGAAAUGGAAAGCUCUGGGUCUCUUGGAGGAGACAAAGGCUGGCUGAGGGAAGGGAGUGCUGCUGGAGCCAUGGCACCACGGGGCAGCUGCUUCCACGGUGGUGCUGGCGAUGCUUCAGUGCCUUUGCGCACCUGCCAUGGCACCUCCUCCUGCUCCACAGAGCAGGCAGGAAGCAGGCUGGCCCAGAACGAGAUCCCACCUCUCAUCUGCGUCUUUGACUCCUCCCAGCCUCUGCUCAACCGCCAGCAGUGACUAGUCCUGAGAGACCGGCCUAGCAGCCGGGGCUGCUUUUCAUUCACUUCCGCCUGUAAUGCCUGUGGUCAUGCUCUCAGUUCCUCCUAGGAUGGGAUCCUGGCCCUUGUGGGCUGGGCUAGGUCACCAUGGUGUUGUGAGCAGAAAUCUUCCCUCCCUGGGCCACCCACAGACGGCUUGCCUUCCAGCUUUCUGUACCUGGAUGCCUUACAGAGCUGUUUGGUUACAACAGUGACCACACAAGAGCUUCCUGUCCCCAAACCAGGGGACAUGG